UGUCAGAGUAUAGCAGGAGCAGCAGCAGACAGACAGACACAGAUACAGACAGACAGACAGAUACAGACAGACAGACAGACAGAUACAGACAGACAGACAGAUACAGACAGGCAGGCAGGUCUGAUGUGACUCUGGUCGGAUGUAACUGAACUGAAGAUUCGAACAGUUGAAGUUAAAGUUGGCGAGUGUGAUGCCUGAAGGAUCUCUGAGCUCCUCUGAUGACGUCCCCAUGGAUGAAGGUGGACUCUCUGUGUCGCUGCUCUUCAGAUAUUUAUGGUUAGCCGAGUCACCCCACCUGUCCACCGCCUCCAUCAGCAGUAAUGAGCGCGCUCCGUCGGCCACGCCCUCCGACUCUUCUGACCGACGCCCGGUAAGCCUGAUCUCCACGAUAUCCUCGGGGUCCGGAUCCUACCGAGACGACAACCUCACCCCGCCGCCAUCCACACAGAACCCCGACACCGACUUGGACCUGAGCCCUGGAGGGGGCGCUGCAGAGGGUGAGCCUGACCGGAGGGGGCGGGGCCUCAGCCUCAUACAUAACAACAACAAAAACAAAGAGUCCACGGCAAGUCGAGCCUCCAGCCCCCGCCAGCAGGUGUCACCGUUCAUAAGCAGAAGCAUGGCGCCGAACCCUCAGCUGACUUAUCUGGACCGGGUCGUCAUGGAGAUCAUUGAGACAGAGAGGAUGUACGUCAGAGACCUGCGCAUGAUCGUAGAGGACUACCUGGCCCACAUCAUUGAUCAGUGUGAUCUGUCGAUCCGUCCUGAGCAGGUGUGCUCUCUGUUUGGAAACAUUGAGGACAUCUACGAGUUCAACAGCGAGCUUCUGCAGGCUCUCGACAUGUGUGACAACGACCCGGUGGGCGUCGCCAGGUGCUUUGUCAUGAAGAGCGAGUACUUUGAGAUCUACACACAGUACUGCACCAACUACCCAAAUUCGGUCGCAGCGCUGACGGAGUGCAUGAGGAACAAAUCUCUCGCCAAGUUCUUCCGGGAGCGUCAGGCUGCGUUGAAGCGUUCACUGCCUCUCGGCUCGUACCUGCUUAAACCGGUUCAGAGGAUCCUUAAAUACCACCUGCUGCUCCAGGAGAUAGCGAAGCACUUUGACCCGGCGGAGGAGGGGUAUGAGGUGGUGGAGGAGGCGAUCUACACCAUGACGGGCGUGGCGUGGUACAUCAACGACAUGAAGAGGAAACACGAGCACGCCGUCAGACUGCAGGAGGUUCAGUCUCUGCUGCUGAACUGGAAAGGGCCGGACCUCACCACGUAUGGAGAACUGGUUCUGGAGGGCACCUUCAAGGUCCAUCGAGCUAAAAACGAGAGGACACUCUUCCUGUUCGACCGCAUGCUGCUCAUCACCAAACGCCGCGGAGAACACUAUGUCUACAAGACGCACAUCUCUUGCUCCACUCUGAUGCUGAUUGAAAGCGCCAAAGACUCUCUGAGUUUCAGUGUGACUCACUACAAACACCCCAAACAGCCUCACACUGUCCAGGCAAAGACAGUGGAGGAGAAGAAGCUGUGGGCUCAUCACAUCAAACGCCUCAUCCUGGAAAAUCACCACGCCAUCAUCCCACAAAAGGCUAAAGACGCCAUCUUGGAGAUGAAUCCUACAUACCCUCCCAGGUAUCGCUACAGUCCUGAGCGGCCAAACAAAGCUCAGUCCUUUCAAUCGGACGAGUCUCCACGAGAGAGAGAGAGUCGCCAGGGACGACGACAGUCAGAGCCGAACAAACAAACACUGAAGAGCAGCGAAGCCAUCGUAAAGGAGGCGGACGGCGACAGCGUCUCUGCCAACGGCUGUAAUACAGAAAAUGGCCAAAUUCCUGAGGAAGACGAGCCGGGUGGAGCUGGACCGACAUGUGAGCAGGCCUCCACAGAUGAGCUACCACAGGAGAAGACGUCAGAGCCUGAACCAACAGAAAACCCACAAUCUGAACCGUCCUUUGAUCCAGACAGUUUGUCCUUCACACAUUCACUGAUCCCAGUGUCUCCUCAGAGGUCAGAAGACCUGAAGCCUGAGGGAGAUCCAGAGUCAACAGAGAAACCAUCUUCUGCCAUGACAGAUUCAGAUUCAAAGACUUUGAGUAGUGAAGAAUCCUCAGAGGACGAGGGCGACGUGAAGGAGUCAGCAGAAAAACAGGCUGAAACCACCAGCAUCCUUCCCUCCUCUGUCCUGGACAAAGCCAGCGCCAUCGCUCAGCACUUUACUAACAGCAUCAAACGAGGCAGUGUGGCCCAGGACGAUGCUCGUUCCAUUGGCUGUGCUUCACCACGGUUACCCAGUAGGACCAGCAGCAGCCUCAGCCUCUCUGCUGAACCCACCGAUGGACCUUUGCGCUUCAACAGUAUCUGUUCUGAUCCUGCAGAGACCUUCGGCGUGACAGACUUGACCAUGCUGUCUCCUCGGGAUGACAGCCUCUUUGACUCUGAGCGAAGCAUUCGGAGGAGACGGGACUCCACUCUGUCCAAACAGGACCAGAUGCUCAUCGGUAAAAUCAAGAGCUACUAUGAGAGCGCUGAGAACCAGGGUGUCACCUUCAGCCUGCAGCGCAGAGAGAGCCUGACCUACAUCCCGACUGGGCUGGUCAGGAGCUCCGUCAGCCGCUUCAACAGCAUCCCAAAGGAUGAAACAGUCCAGACCAAUCCCUCAGACUCGACCACAUCCUCCGGUCUUGACCCUUCUAUAGCAGGGUCAAACACUCGGAGUCACAUGAUCUAUAGUGAAUCUUUGGACUGUUGUAAGUCUGAUCAGAGAAGCACAGAUCCAGACGACUCAGGAGAAAGCCAAAGGUCCAGAUCUCAAUGUGUGCAGGACAGUCCACCUGAGAGUGAUGAGUUCAGACCGUCAUCUGAAAUGAUUAAGAUCUGGCAGACAAUGGAGCGAGAGAUCACCAGAUCUCAGAUUGUAGACAAAGGACGUGAACGAUAUCGAGAAGCUCCACGAAGCUCCAGAGCAACUGACGUCAGCCUCUCCGACUCAGCAAAGACCCAAAACAAGAGCUGCGACCCAGAGAGUGGAGCGACUGACCUCAGCACCAUCACAGAGGAAUCCCAGAGGAGUCCCUCACCCCUCAAGCUCAAAGCCUCCGCUGUGAAUCAGACAGUAAGUCUGAAGGACUCACUGAAGGUGUUCGGGGAGGACAGUGUCGUCCUGAGGGCUCCAGUUCCCCGAGUCGCCCAGCUGAAGGCUGAGGCAGAGGAGGAAAGGCCCAGUGAAGAUCCAAACCAGCUGGAUGAGGUAGACAAGACGAAGAGCAAAGUCCUCCAUCUGGCUCGUCAGUACAGCCAGCGAAUCAAAACCACCAAACCAGUCGUCCGCCAGCGGAGCCAAGGCCUCCUGAUGGGCAAGAAGAGCUUACCCUGUGUGGUGGAGGAGGAGAGUGCAGGUAAAACCAGCCUGACUCUGCCGCCAGUCUCUCUGGCUCUGAGCGCUGUAGACCAGAGCCAACCUCUGACCCCCGGCCUCAUCUGCAGCUCAACAGGUAACUCCAGGGUGGUCUCUCCAGGCCGGGCUGGCUCCUGCAGCCCCAUCAGUCCCUCUCAGUCAUCCUCCACUGAGGGCUUUGACUGGCCCGAUGUUCAAGAACUCCGCUCCAAAUACUCCGACCACAGUCGCUCCCAGAGGAGUCUUGUGAGCCGGGGUCACUCUCUCCCUGAGCAGAUGUAUGACGGCGGUCUGAGGAGGCACUCCAGCUGCUCCUCCAGCUUCCUCCCUGAUAGAGCAUCUGAGGAGGUUUCUUUAAACAAGCCUAGCAGCAACCGGGGCCCCAGCAGAGAAGAACGCAAGACGCGUCUUCAUCGGGCCAAUUCUCUGGACCCUCGGCUGAGUGGAGCACAAAUGACUGAGCUGCAGAAGCUCCAGGAUCGGGCUGCUGAUGUCAACUACGAGGGUUACUACGUUGCAGCAGAGGCACCGCUGCCAAACGACCCCGAACACAAGAUGAUCGUCAUGGAGAAGCUUCCAGAGCCGGAGUCAGAACCUGCAGGAUCCAAAGAGGACGAUGAGGACAACUAUGUUCAGAUCCGUUCACCGACCAGCAGGGAAAAGAUCUCCAUCCUGGCCGUCAUUGAUCGCUGCCGGCUCUAUCAGGAGUCUGAUGAAUAUAAACAGAGGGAGGAGGUGAAAACCAGAACUGAGCCGCUGAGGUCCCACGAGCCCGACACCGCGGCAGCAUCCUCAAAUGAUCAGGAUGACGAGUCCCAGAAAACGAGCUCAACCUCCGGCCAGAAGAUAAAAACCGGUCAGCAGAGCAUUGUGAAAAACCUGAGAGAGAAGUUCCAGAGUCUGAGCUGAAGAAACGCUUCCUCAAAACUUCAAGACUCUGAAUUCAUGAAGCCAGAGAUUCAUUGAUAAGAAGCAGAAUCCAACAAUUAUUCCACAGCAGAGGAAGACUGUAAUUAUUCUUCAAGGAGAACAAACAGCUUUAAUGUGGUCAAGAAAUAUUAAAUCAACCCAAAGUCUCUUCAUUAGACAAAAAUGUGUAUAAUAAUAAUUUCAUGAGUUUAGGAGACGACACAUCUCUCAUGAUGAUGGCGACUCUUCACUGAAAGACCAAAACCAGUUUCCUUGAGAUCUUUUCUGUCAUUUUGUAGACAAUAUCUAGAAACAUGUAAAUAGAUUUUAUACGUCCUCGCGUACACAUUCCUGUCAGUCACACUGUUUGUUUAAAGCACAUUUUGUACAGGAAGUUAUUGGUGUUGCACAGUUCAGUUCUGUGAGGUUUCCCUCUUCAGUUGUUCUAAGAGAUUUUAUGGAAUCGUCGCUACACGGAGGGAUCACUCAUCUUGUUACCGUCGACUCUGCAGCUGUAAAAGCUUUAACGCUUCAGUGUUCUGAUUUAAGCUCGUGUGCUUCCAGAGGACUAACAGCUACCUGUGACCUCACAGGACCAGAAGUCUGGUUUGUUUCUUCAGAUGUUUGCAAUUGAUAUCAGUCUCAUAUCCGUGUGUUCAGUACAGAUCCAGGAUGUGUUAGCCUAGCUUAGCACAAAGAGUGGAAGCAGGAGCUGGAUCAGAAGAGAUCGUCUGAUUCACCUGCAACAUGUAUAAAUGUAUUAUAGUCUUUAACCAGGUUUCUUUAUUGAGACUCUUCUGUAACUUUAAGUCAAACCUCAUUACUUCCUGUCAGUCUGCUGAUGAUUCUCCUCUGCACUGUAAAGUUCUGAUCCAAACAGAGACCGUGAGUUCACGUUCAGCUGUGUGGCCUCGCUCAGACAGAAUCAGAUGUUGUGGUGGUCGGCGUCUCCACGUCGUGAACAUUAACCGAGACUGAACGUCACUUCGUUCCUUCAUGUAGCUCGACAUGACGCCAGCUUGUGUUUCUGCGCCAGUUCAUUCUGCUGAGCCUCAGUGAGGUGAGGACGGCUGGAUCCACCACCUCAGCUGGUUCUGUGUCACUGUGACGGUCUGGUCCUCCUCCUGUCAACUGUCAAAUGUGUCAAAGUCAUGAACAGGAUGAAUCGACUGAUCAGGAUGAAUCGACUGAUCAGGAUGAAUCGACUGAUCAGGAUGAAUCGACUGAUCAGGAUGAAUCGAUUGAUCAGGAUGAAUCGAUUGAUCAGGAUGAAUCGACUGAUCAGGAUGAAUCGAUUGAUCAGAUUCUCUGGUUGUCUUGAUUCUAACAUUUGGAGAGGAGCCGCUCGGAUCUGAGCGGCUUCACGAGGAGGAAGAUAAAUGAAGGGAUGAUUUUAAAAGAUGUUCAAAUAAAAUAUUUAAUUCCUUUUUAAUACUAAUCUUAUUUAUGACACGGCUGUUUGAAGUUCAGCAGCAGUUUUAAAAAGGUCAAAAUAAUUUGAACAAGUGAUCAAAGCAAUUUAACUUCAAUAAAUUGUGAUGAUUUUUUUUA